AUGAUUGAGUUAUUAGAACCUAUACUUGUUGCAACAGAAUUAUUAUCAUCAAGCUCCUAUUCAACUAUUUCUAACAUCUGUUUAACCUUUUUAGGACUUCUCUAUCAUCUUAAUAAGUUUAUAGAUGAAGAACUAUAUUUAAUAGAACAGUAUGCAAUAGCAAUUGCUAUUAGAUCUAAGCUAAAUAAAUAUUGGUCUAUCUUUGAAAAAUCAACUACUAUUGUCUUGAUUCUCAACUCAUUAUCUAAACUUAUGACUUUUCUCUUUGGUGAUCAAAAAGACGCUGCUCUAACUAGUUUACAAAAUGCAAU